AUGGAGACGAGUACCCACAGAGACAAUGACGUCAGCAGUCCUGAACCUGAACAGAUGAGGAAGAGCGAUUUCAGUUUCUUUCUGCGUAUUUAUGAGAACAGAACAAAGCACAACCAGGAGGUUCAGGAGAAACACACAGUGGGUUUGGGCUCGGACAGUUUCCAGGCUCUGUCUUCUGCAGAUCCUGGAUCAGACCUGCUUGGCGCCGUCUCCUCCCCUGUCUCACCUGAAACAGGUGCUGCACUAAAUCCCAUCCCUCAAGGCGACUGGCCCCGCCCAUCGCCAGCAGUCACUGUGACCACAGAAACAAACAUUCCUCCUCCUCCUCCUGCGGCUGGCCCAGCCCCCUCUGAUCCAGCUGCUGACACCUGGGUGACAUCACAGCUGCCAGCUCCGCCCUCAGCGACGCGUCACCGUCAGCUGAUCAUCGUGGAGCGGCGAGGUCAGACACCUGAACGCGUGGUGAUCGUGAUGGGCCAGUCAGAGGGCAGAGAGGUGUUUGUCGUCCCGUCCAUUCAGCUCUCAGGGUCCCAGCUGGCUGUGAUCGGUCCAGCAGGUAGCUGUACUGGGAGGAUUGUGAUUGGAGGGGAAGACGACGAUGUCAUCAGACCUCUCAGUCUGGAUGUUUCCGCUCAGCUGAAGCCGCUGCCCUCCAGCGCCCCCAGCUGGGCUCUGAGACUGCUUGACGCUCAGAAGUUGGGAGAUUCCUACAGAGGUUUCUGCUGGUCGGAGGCGGAGCUGGAGGCCAUCCUGUUGCUCCACAAGCAGCAGACCGGUUGCGUCUCCGGGACUCGUCAGUCGUCUGUGGACAAACCAGCAACCAGACUGAUGUGGAGGUCUCAGUACGUGCCCUAUGACGGCAUCCCAUUCGUCAAUACAGGCAGCAGAGCGGUUGUGAUGGAGUGUCAGUUCGGACCUCGCAGGAAAGGACUGCAGUCAAACAAGAGCUCCGAACACACCGCUGAGCUCUCGUACAGAGCUACCUGUCCCGCCAUGAUCUACAUCAAGAAAGUUCGAAAGUUUCCAGAGUUCAGGGUCCUCACAGAGCCGACGGCAGACAGGAAGGUGGUGAGACAGGACCAGGAGAAGGCCUUUCAGAGUCUGAAGAACCAGAACCUGGAGGCAGGAGGGGUCAUCAGGUUUUACCUGCAGCUCCCCACAGAGAGGGCUCACCUGUACCACACCAUGGACACGCCCCCCAUCCCCCCGCCUCCCCCUGACCUCACCCCUCCCCCCACCCAGCCAGAGGAGGAGGAGGAGGAGAAAAUGAUGGAGGAGGCAGCAGAGCAGGUCCUUGUGCAGGACGGAGUCAUCCGGUCUCGCCUCCACCCGCAGGUGGCUGAGAGGAUCAGGCAGCUGGUGGCAGCGGGUCAUCAUCAAGUCUACAGCAUCCGCAAACAGCUCAGGAAUUUUGUGGAGAAGGAGCUCUUUAAAUGUGACGACCUCCCAGAGAGACACAACCUGAGAUACUUCCCCACCGUCAACGACAUCAAAAACCACAUCCAUGAGUCCCAGAGGGCCCUGGGUCUGAGCAGCAGCUCUGCUGAGUGGACAGAAGAGAGUAGACACCCUCUGAUGAAGACUGUCACACUGACACUGACUCCUGCAGGAGUGGACGGAAGCGACUCUUUGUCUCCUGAAGCUGUUCGGCUCUUCAGUUCUCUCUCUUCUCUGCAGCCCAAGAUCUUUGCUCAGCUGCAGGUCAGAAAACACUGA